AUGGAGGGAUCCAAGUGUCCACCGGUGAUUGUAGAGGGGGACUGGACUCCGGCUCAGACCAAAGCCCUGAAGAACAAACUGCAAAUUUACUUCAUGAGCAGGAAGAAGUCGGGCGGGGGAGACUGCCGGGUGGAGGCGGAGGAAGGAGCACCGAGGGCGGCUGUUUACUUCAACUCAGUGGAGGACUCAUCGACAGACUCAAAGAAGCCUCAGGCUGAAUCUGGAAAUGUAGCUUCUGCUGCCAACAAAGAGGACUCAGAGUCGUCUCAGAGCUGUGCGGUGGUUUUGGAAAACGUCACAGACAACAUGUCCACUGAUCUGCUCUCCAUGCUGGUGGAGAACAUCUCUGGGUUGGAUGAGAACGGCUACAGCAUGGAGAGGAUCCUGGAAUCCAACAAAGCUGUGGUCACCUUCAGCAGCCCUGCAGACUCAGAGUCGUCUCAGAGCUGUGCGGUGGUUUUGGAAAACGUCACAGACAACAUGUCCACUGAUCUGCUCUCCAUGCUGGUGGAGAACAUCUCUGGGUUGGAUGAGAACGGCUACAGCAUGGAGAGGAUCCUGGAAUCCAACAAAGCUGUGGUCACCUUCAGCAGCCCUGCAGAUGUGGAGAGAUUCCUCUCUGUAAGUCAGACCAGCACAAAGAUGAAGAAACAAGGACUGACUGCUCGGCCUUUGGAGGCAGCUACAAACAUCCGAGUGGAGAGUCCUCCUUUGACUGUGAUUUGUUGGGGACUGUGUGAGGUCCUGAGGAUUGAGACUCAGGUGGAGUGCAUCAUUUAG